GCUUCACAAUCCACUACUUGAAUUUCUGAAAUGCUCUUGCAAGCUACUUUCACUGUUGUCUGCACCAUGAAAAGAAGAAAAUUUCAAACUUUCCUACGACAGAUUCAGCAUCUGUGAUGGCAGUGAGGCAGAGCAAUACACAAUAUCUUUAGUAGUCUAAUAUAUUUAUCAAGUUCACUUGUGUUCCAGUAACUUUCAGAUUCAGACAUAAAAUUCCCAAUGUGUAAUAAGCUACUAUUUUUAUUCUAAUAACUUCAGAUAUACAAUUACACACACCCAUCUAGUAAACAGAAUUGCUGGUAAAUUAGAAAGUAUUUUAUGGCAAAGCUUUGACUAUCCUACUGAUACUUUAUUGGCAGGGAUGAAAUUUGGAUGGGACAUAAGGACUGGUCUUAAUCGAUGACUAUCAGCAUGGAAGUCCCCAGAUGAUCCAUGCCCUGGAGACUUAACUUAUGGGAUAGAGCCAUAUAAUUAUCCAGAUUUUGUUAUAUGGAAAGGCUUGAAAAAGUAUUUCAGGUUAGGACCUUGGAAUGGCAAUGGAUUCAGUGGUACAUCCAACUCAAAUCCCAAUCUGUAUAUAAUGUCGAACAUUACCUCAAAUGAAGAGGAGAUUUCCUCCAUAUAUUACAUCAGUAAAAAAUCAUUAAUCACAAGGGUUGUUUUAAACCAAACAUCCAUGGUUAUAUGGCACCAGAAUAUGCCAUCUAUGGGCAAUUCUCUGUAAAAUCUGAUGUUUUCAGCUUUGGUAUACUGUUGCUGGAGAUGAUAAGUGGGAAGAAGAAUAGAGGGUUUAACCCUCUUAACCAUAGUCUUAACCUUAUUGAACAUGCAUGGAGAUUGUGGAAAGCAGGACAUCCUUCUGAGCUUAUUGAUUCAUUUGUAAAAGAGUCUUGCAAUCUAUCUGAAGUAUUAAGGUGCAUCCACAUUAGUCUCUUAUGUAUUCAACAACACCCUAAAGACAGGCCAAGUAUGUCAUCUGUGGUUUUGAUGCUGGGCAGUGAGACAGCCUUAGAACAACCCAAAAAACCAGGUUUUCUCUUUGACAAGAAAUCACUUGAAACAACUUCUUCAUCCAUUAAAGUGAGAUCAUCUUCAACCAAUGAACUUAGCCUCUCAGUGUUAGAGGCACGAUAAAGGUUACUCGAAAACUACACACCUUGUACUACGUAAGUUUCUGAACGUGUUCAGGAAUGCAUCGCAUAUACCUUAACUGUUAUUUCAAUCUUCUACUCUUCUGUAGUUGAAUAUUCUAAGUAGCUAACUGGAACUAAUUUCUACUCUUUAACGAUCACUAUUUUCAUCCAAUUUCGGCUUGCUUGAUUUUGUUUUUUAAUCUUGAAUAGCCAGUUAAAUAUGGCAGU